AGCAGCGAUAAGUUUGAUAGGAUUCUGCGAGCUCUGAGAACUCGUCAUGUGCAAAAAGCCAAGGCUAAUUACAACGUGAAGGCUUAGAGUACUAGGCGCAUUUAGGACGGAAACCGCCCGCGGGCUUACACAAGGGACACCACGGCAUGACCCGUCAUCUACAGCAAAGCCCCUACAGCGAAUAAUCACGCGCCAAAUGCCUUGAUUGACAGGUAAUCGUCAGCGCGCUCGAAUGGUAUUCCGGGGCAAGCGAUUGCCUAGCACUUAGUGUGUGAACGUGAAUCUGGGCGCUUUUGAUGACAACGAAAACAACCUUUUAAGAUGCUACUGAUAUAUAGAGAUGGCUAUUUAGCGAGCACGACAGAAUCGAGAGAGCGCCGACAGUUCGGGAUGUAUAGUAGCGGGUCGCCAAGCAGUCAAUGGGGUCGUCAGUCGGUACUCCUGUACGAACGGCCAGGGUUUGCAGAGCCAAGAGAGAGGGGUGUUUACCGUACGGCGGACGAGGCAGCUCGGUUCGGGGGAGCUUUCUCUAUCAGGUCGAUCUUAUCGCACAACAGAUCCCCGCAAACCACAAGUACUAGUGAGUGCUUCCGGGUAGUGCCUCCGUCCUGCGCGUUCCCUGGCCAGGCAGUUUGCUGUGAGGAGAGAGGUGGAAAUCCCCGUAUCUCGGCUACUAGUGACAUAGACAAGGCAUUGAUGCACUGCGACAUGGUGACGGCGAGGUCUAAAGUGGAACCGACGAAAAGCCAAGAAAGCUUGUCAGAGAGAACGCGUCAGAAGAAAACCAGUAAGCGCUGCAGAACGAUCUUCGCGCCGUACCAGCUACAAAGACUGGAGAAAGCGUUUGAGAGGCAGCAGUACGUUGCAAGGGAGGAGCGGCGUCAGCUCGCAACAGGACUGAACCUGACCGAGACACAGGUCAAGGUGUGGUUCCAGAACCGCAGAAUUCGCUUCCGCAAGCACCGCCUAAAAACCGCAAACGCGUUGUGAAGCCACAAGCAAAUAUCCCGUGUACUUAGAGCAGUGUAUAGCAGGCAUCGCCUGAAGAUUGCAAACGUCGUGUGAAACCACAAGCAAAUCCCCCGUGUACUUAGAGCAGUGUAUAGCAGGCAUCGCCUGGAGACCGCAAACGAGCUGUGAAACCACAAGCAAAUCCCCCGUGUACUUAUAGCAGUAUAUAGCAGGCAUCGCCUGAAGACCGCAAACGCGCUGUGAAACCACAAGCAAAUCUCCCGUGUACUUAUAGCAGCGUAUAGCAUGCAUCGCCUAAAGACCGCUAACAAGCUGUGAAACCACAAGCAAAUCCCCCGUGUACUUAUAGCAGUGUAUAGCAGGCAUCGCCUGAAGACCGCAAACGUCCUGUGAAACCACAAGCAAAUAUCCCGUGUACUUAGAGCAGUGUAUAGCAGGCAUCGCCUGAAGACCGCUAACAAGCUGUGAAACCACAAGCAAAUCUCCCGUGUACUUACAGCAGUGUAUAGCAGGCAUCGCUUGGAUACCGCUAACGAGCCGCAAAACGCGAUGUGAAACCACAAGCUUAAAAGAUGUAGAGCUAAUAGUAGCAAGGAGGAAAUUACUGACCUAUUGAGAACUACUUUGUAGACAGUGUAUGUAUAAUCGACAAAAAACGGUUGUUUCCAAAAUAUUUUAACUAUUUACGGUCGCCACAAAACUUUACUUACAAUAACCUGCCACUCUGCCCUGAAGCAAGUCCAUUCAGGUGUUUUCACUCGGGCACCCUGUGGUUGGAGUUCGGGUUCUUAGCACCAAGCCACACACAGGAACCCGAAAAGGUUGGGAGGUUGAAAAUGGGAAAUGGGAGGUAAGGAGCUUCCGAGGUAAUAAACUUUGUAAUAAAUUUGGUAAACAAUCUGUUUGAACAGACACGAAUCCGCA